UGCAUAAAGAAAGACGAAAUCGAAAAAUUAAAUUAAAAAAUCAUUUUUCGGCUAAAAUACCGAAAAAUACCUAAAAAAUAUGGAACACCCAACAAAGACCCCUUCUUUUGGCCACCUUGGUUAAGCCAAUAACCCCAUAACUCCACCCUAGUUUACACAGCCUUUUUUAUAUUCGUGUCAGGCUGGGUCAUGCCGAAAAAACACAUUCCUAUUGUAGUUAUACGUUAUAUUCUUCUAUAAAUCGCCGACGAUAGGCAUAAAAUAAUAAAUAUACCGAAAAAUAUCCAUAAUAUAUCCGAAGACUUCACUUUUGACCACCUCUGUUUCCUUUCCAAAACCUAAAAAAUCAAGCCUAGUGUAAACAGGCCUUAGUUUGAAAGUGAAAUUAAAUGACUUAAAAAUAUACCAAAAGCUCAUACAAAAAAUGUACCCGUGUAAGUAGGCCUUUACAAAAUAGCACGUGCCCCUUUUUUUCGUUUUGAAUCAUUCAAUCUUGACUUCGGGAAAAACUGCCUGCCACACGUUCAUAAACUCGGUCGGAACGCUAUCAACGCUCGGAAAGAAUAAAAAAAGAUUUUAAAAAUUCGUCCUUUUAAAAAAAAGAAAAAAAGUUCAAAUGGAGGAAAAUAAGUACGCGGUUGGCCCAGUCAAUUACGAAAAUUAUCUUACUUGCCCGUAUAACAGUGCGCAUCGUAUAAUGCCAUCCCGUUUUUCUAAACACUUAAUAAGUUGCGGCGGGGAUCGGAGCCUGCACCGUUGCCCCUUUAAUGGCACCCACUUGCUAUCGGCAGCGGCCAUGAAGGAUCAUGUCAUCGAGUGCCCCGACCGCUGUUCCUUGGAACGCUACAAGAUGCCGGACACGUUGCCCCCGGCGGAGCCCCAAGCCAACAAAUUUUUGGUCGAGACUGAGGAUGACUGGGAUGCUGAUCCUCGGGCCCAACCCUACGACCCCAAAAAUUACCUAAAAGAAAACCACAUAAUAUUAAAUCCCAAGGGAAAUCCGCCAGCCGCCCGUCGCGAAUUUCGAGAGCGCGAACGCAAACGUUUCCUGGAGAACAACAAGUUUUAAAUAUCAAGUUCUUUAACAAUUAAAACCAUUUAACAAAUAAAGUUGAGAACUUCCAGACUGGAUUCGAUUUUCAC